UGUGUCUACUAUUUAUAGUCGACCUCCCGAGACUUUCGACGUGAGAAAGACACCACGAAAGCGUGAACGAAUGAACAAACGAGAGAAGGAAAGUAAGCAGAGAGAUGCUUGAAACUGAGUUUUCAAGUGAAGUGGAGUACGUCGAGUUGUGGGACAAGAAUUUGGAUCUCACUCUCCCUCAAAAGGCUGUGGACACGUGCAUGCACAAUGUUCAGUUUGCUGUGAGUGUACCUGGACCAUCAUCAUCGCCAUCAUCAUCAACAACCUGAUAUGCUAGACAAUAGAGACCUUAGUUGUCUAGUGAAUCCCUGAAAUGACAUCACGGCGGUGACUGACAAGUCCAGCUGAACAGAUUGUCGGAUGUUCAUGCUCGGACGAGUGAAAUGACGGAUCAAGUUGCUAGGUGAUCAUGACCCGGUUGAAGAAAACGUUGUGCUUGGAGAGUUACGAUUGCAUCGGCUUCGAUUUGGAUCAUACCUUAUGCCGCUACAACGUGGGGCCCAUGGUUCGAUUGGAGUUCGAUCUGUUAGCGGAGUUUCUGGUGGAAAAGAAAGGCUAUGAUCCGGCCAUUCGAUCCAAAGACUUUGAUCAAGAUCUCGAUUUUGUGUGUAAGGGCCUCACCUUGGAUUGCGAAAGAGGCAACCUCUUACGGCUCCAUUACGACGGGUUUGUAUUAGCUGCUUGUCAUGGCACCAAACGGCUCAGUGAUCAAGAGAUCGAGCGGGUCUAUGGACGGUGUCGCAAGCAACAUCCCGGUCACGAGUUUUCGCGGCAUUUGCGUGAGAACGGCCCCCAGAAACUGAUCGAGUUCAGUCCACUUCUGCACAGUUUCAUGGACUACUUUGAUAUUGCGGCUCCAUUGCUGUGCGCUCGAGUGGUGGACGUCUUAGAUCAGAUUAACAAUGGAGGCAAGCCCAUGGAGGAGUAUUUCUUCUGGCCGGAUAUCCAUGAAGGUCUCAAGGACAUGUUCUUGCGGACCAAUUUUGCCUCAGACCAAGGCGGGUACUUCCCGGAGCUCAAAGCUCACCCGGAGAAGUAUAUCUUGAAGCGAAGCCCCGAGUUCCGGGAAUGGCUAAAGAUGCUCAGAGCUAAUGGAAAAUACUUGUAUGUGAUAACUGGAUCCCAUUUCGAUUUCGCCUCCCACGUGGCAUCCUACGCCUUGGGAGACGACUGGAAAGACCUUUUUGAUAUUGUUAUAUUUUUCGCGCGCAAGCCCUCGUUCUUCGUGGAGAAGCGGCCGUUUUGGCGUCUGGAAGGAGCCAAAGAGGUCGAGUCCCUCGAGGGUUGGGAGGACUUGGAGACUGGAGAUUACUAUUCCCAAGGGAACUGGAAUGAUUUGAACGAGUUCUUUGAGUAUGCUACCGAGUGGCAGCCUUCUACCAGUCUGUACUUUGGGGACAAUGUCAUGCAGGACGUGCUCGCACCCAAGAAAUUCACCACCACAGUGGAUUGCAUCGCUGUGUCGGAGGAGCUCAUCGCCGAGGGCAUGCUCAAUCAUCCUCCAUCGCAUACCCAUACCAAAGACAUUGUAUCGACCCUAUGGGGCAGUUACUUCUUUUACCCUGAUUCUCGGAUUAUCAAAAAGAAAGGGUCGGUGGUGAUGGGCAGAGCGUCUUCGUUUCGAAACUGGUCCAACCACCAACAAGACUCCACCGGGACUGAGGGUCGGUCGAAAACCCCAAGAAAUACCACCACCCCAACAUCCUCUCAAGCCAUGGAGGAUGAAGUGAAUCGAGCCAUGAAUCUGAGACGCGUUGCUUCGCUCAAGAAGAGUGAUCCCGCUGAUCCCACCAUUCUUACUCCCUCAGAAGUGAUCCAGAGAUCUUCGGCCAAUAAGAUGACCAUGCCCGGGUCUUCUAAGUCGUUUGACGGAUCUGUGCUUAAUUCUGGCCGUCGGAGUGACACGCCCACUCAAGCUCCGGACGAUCUGCCGAAAAGCGUCUCUGCCGAUUCAGUCGCCGAGCUUGUCAAAGGCACCGAUCGCAUCAAUACCCUUUGGGGAUGCCUCAUUCGAGACUACGCUAAGAUGUGCAUUCCAGACCUCCAGGUGUUUGUGGAUUAUCCCAUUGAUUUCCAAUUUCCCGCGUUUGGCAGGGACAAAAAUGGUACCUUGGUGGGUUCCGGUUUCUUUCCGGCAGAGCCACUAAGCCUUCAUACGAAUGUCCCCAUUGUGUGUCUGACCGAUUGAAUACGAUUGAAUACGAAUGGACGUAUGUUGGUUGUUCUACUCAAAAAAGUUACUUUUCACGUUGGUCUUGGUUGUUUGGUUCAAUCUGUUUUAUUUCAAACUCGCUUAAUAGAUACAUAGCAAGUGUAA